AUGGCGAAUGCAAAAGGAGAUGGCGCCGCAGACGGCGUGGCGUCGCCGAGCCGAGACCAGCCGCAGAAGCAGCAGCAAAAGAAGGCAGUUGAUCGCAGGGCAUCCGCAGCGGGCCAAGGGCGUGAGUUGGCCGACAUUUCUGCCCCUUACCUCCCUAGAGCCCUGUCCAUGAUGGGGAUAUCGGUUCUGCCUAUAGCCUACUGCCUCUUAUCUAUGCUGUUCGCCGAGAUCGUGAAGCCGCAGCAGCAAACCUGCAACUCGGAAGUGUGUCAGGCCACUGCUGAGUACAUCAAGCGCAGCAUCGACGAGCAUGUCAGGCCAUGCUCCGACUUUUACGAGUUCGUCUGCCGCGGUUGGGAACACUCAUACACAACGGAUGCCUCCUCCACCGUGACGUUAGUCAACCGUUCGGCGUACAUGCCAAGUGGAACAAACCACCCGCCCAACAUCAUCAAGGCCAUCUCGUUCCACCAGUCUUGCGAGGCUUCCUUCGUGGGCCCCGUGGACUCCAGCAUCGAUGACAUCAAGAACUUUCUGGUCAACGACCUGCGUUUCAACUGGCCGACAGUGCUGCCGAGCAUGACCACGCGGGAGUUUUACAGGAUUCUCGUGGAGGUUCAGCUGUCCUACCUCAUACACCCAUUCAUCGUCCUGAACUUCGACAGUGGCAUGACCACUAUGAGGCUGGCGAUUGAGGACCGCUACCACCCGUGGUACUUGCGCUACACGGUCACCUCGAAGGUGAAUUUCCGCUGGCACUUUGUCAACGAAGUUCUCAGCGCCGUAUUUCAGCAGACGCUGCCCUCAAGCACAGUCACGGACAUAACAGACGUAGAAGACAAGCUGAACGCUGUAAAGCUGGGGGACGAUGAGCUUUUGGUUGUUAGGAUGAGGGUGCUGUCACAGAAUUCCUUCAAAAAAGGCUGGGAGCUCAUGCACGCGCUCGGGAACUUUUUCGAUCGCGCGCAGAAGCGGCUGCUCAGCAACAAGGUGGUCAUUCGCAUCUCCGAUAUCGCCGGUCUGCACAAGACGCUAACCUUGAUGAAUGAUGCCAGCACCUUGCCAGCCAUGACCAGUUAUAUGGUCUGGGUGAUCAUAGAGACUCUCGGUCGACGGACGAGCCCGGCACUUCGCAAGGUCAUGACGGAAACUGCUAGAAGUAUCCAGCACAUCAACGUGACAGACCACAUUUUUCGCAAGGAUGUGUGCCACCACGAGACCUAUCGCCUCUUCGCCUUGGUGCUCGACCGCUACAUGUACCAAACGCUGGACAAGACGAUCAUUUCCAACUUAGAAGAUAUCGUCGAGAAUGCCAAGCGCUACAUGAGGGCUCAACUCGAGGAUCUGUACUGGAUGGACGCCAAUACCUUGCGCAAGAUGCAAACACGCAUUCAUAAACUCGUCACUGAGGUGGGCAUCCUGUCGCGAUUCAGGUACGCGGAUGUCGAGGAACCCUACACCCGGCUGCCAGAUAUCGACAGCACCAUUUCCUUUACGACCUUGUACGUGAAUGUGCUGGACGCCUUGAGCCAGUCUCUACGAGCGAAGGCCUACCGGUACAUCUACCCGCCCAACAUGUGGUCGAUCGUACCGACCGUUCGCCACGUAUAUUCCCACAACGUGCUAUUCAUACCUCUGUCCGUCUUUAUGACCCCUCUCUUCGGUACUGGAAACUUUCCUACGGCGUUGAUCUACGGUCAUCUCGUGUCGCAGAUAACGUACGCAAUCUACUACGAAGGCUAUUACAGCAACAAGUACCGAGCUACAGAGACGUGGAACCUGCCGACCGAACGCAAGUUCCGCAUGUACAUGAACUGCUACAACGACGCGUACAGCAACGUCACCUAUCAACUGAAGGACCCUGCGGAAAGCUUUUUCCGUUCCGGAGCUUUGGUCAGGGCCUACCAGAUGUUCAGGGCCGACCAAGAAGGCGCCAGUAACUAUGUGCUGCCCGCAGUCGAGCUCACGCCUGUUCAGCUUUUCUUCGUGAGUAGCUGCCUAGACAUGUGCGUGAGAAACGACGAGAAAAGGGUCAUGCACAAGGCACUCUGCAAUUGGCCUAUGCGACGCACCAAGAUUUUCCAACAGGCCUUCAAAUGCUACCACACCGAGGCGCUAACCCAACUCCGGGUCAACUGUUCCGGGCUCGUCACAGCCAUCAGCUCCCGCUAUAGCAACGUGUCCAUUGAGACAAGCUUUCGGUGCUCGGACGUAUAG